CCUAGAUCAUCCCCUACGAACCAUCGUCAUCCUCACGUGGCGGCGUCUCUAACCUGCCCCCCCAUCGCUACCGUCCAACGCGUGUGUGGGGACGCGUCCAGCAUUUCGUCGACAGCAAAUUGUUCCUGUGAACGGUUCACCAACAUCACCACUUCUGUGCAACCCAAACAUGGCGGGCUGGUUUCAAAAAGGCCGGCCUGCGCUGUUUGAGGCGUUAAAUCAAAUAUGCUCCCAGAUUGAUACUGAUCUUACAGCCGAGCUUGAACAGCAGCAGAAUUAUAAAACUCUCUACGAGGACGCCCUCCAACGAUCGAAAGACCUACAAAAUGAAAACGACUUGCUUCGUCAACAACUAGAAAAGAGGGUGGUGCCACCGACGCCUUCGAGCACCGAUCCGUCCACGCCGUUUGCCUCCACUCCCGUGGGAAACCCAGACGGCACAGUUCCCAUUGCCGCCCACAAGAAGCUAUAUCGACAAUACAAAGCUCUGGACGAAAAUUUUAAAGUCGCAAAGGAGGCAUUAAAUCGACGCCGAGACGAGCGGAAUCGCUGGAAAAAGUUCGCUGCAACGCUCAAAAACACAAUCCAGGCGGCCGAGAGCGAGCAUGGCAUCACCAUCUUUAAUGAAUCAUGUCACGGCAUGGAAGCUUCUAUGCCCAUAGAAACGGCCGCACCUAAUAUGAAUGCCAUGGAUAGCUUCUCUGAAGCUCUCAAAGUGAACCAGCAACGACGUAUGGACCCGCCACAGCAGUCGACAACAGCGGCGGCCACGGAAAACCAAGUGCAGCUCGAAACGGAGACAGACCCUACCUGCGAGUCGACACAGGAUUCUUCAGAUGCAACGAGUACGGAAGAACUUCCAGCUCUACAACUGACGGGUUCAGAUGAGACAGUGCGAAUUAAGGAUGAGGCGUCCUCCGAUGAACCGACCCUCAUGUGGGAGCGACCAGUCAAGCGUAAACGAGACGACAACGAUGGAAAUGAAACGCCAUGUGCCAGAGUUAAGCAAGAACCUCGCGACGCAUCGAGCCCGAUACAUAUAUCGAAUGUCAUACCGCAAUCUCAAGAGAGCUUGGACCUAGACGAUGUCGGCAGACCAAUGAUGACGCCACGAAAACGACAUGAAAGUUCGGGAGUCGGUAUUACGCCAUUACCGUUACCAUCCCUAUCAAAGUCUACCCCAUCCUUGACAUCAACGCUACGGCCUAUGCCAGAGACUGCCAAGAAGCUCCACACUUCAUCUGUAUUGACACCCAUAAGCAUCAAUCGACGCAUGGUACAAUCGGGGGGCGACCAGCCCAAGUUUAAGGCUUCAUUUUUUACAAAAGGCAUAGCAGGCGCUACGGAUGAUGCUGAAAAUCGCCGUCCUUCGAAGAUGGACAGCAACUCGACACCAUCGAGGACACGGCUGGACACGCUGCUCAAUACGCCAGUCCAAGACACGGACGAGACAAUUUCGAGACCAAAAGCCAAUAGGCAACAACGAUCAACAGCGACCAUCCCUGCAGAUCUUGGUGUUCCGCAGAGACGAGAGCUGCCGUUUGACAAAUCCGCGAGAUUAAACACCACCAAACAGCCCGCAUCAGCGCGCAAGGCAAUCAGCAAUCCCUCCCCGGAGAAAGCAACACCAACAGCGCGUAAGGCUCGAACGUCGAGACUGAGGGGUGUCUCAAUAGCCGAUCUGAAAUUGGAUGACUUCCGAAUCAACCCCGCCGCCAAUGAGGGGUACGAUUACGCAUACUCCGAAGUUGUUCGAGACCGGGAGGAGCGUGCGUGUCUGUCAGGAUGCGUAGACAUGCAUUGUUGCGGUAAACAAUUCCGUGCUCUUGCUGAAUCACAGAAGCCCAAGCCACCGCUUACGCCUGAGCAACGUCGCGAGGAACAGAAACUCCUAGAGGACUACCUUGGUGAUUUGGCUUACAAGCUGGCAAUGAUGACGCCGCCAGAACGAGAGGAGACUUGGCUCCAAGCCAAGACACAAGAGCUGGCAGAUAAAUACGGAAGACACCGACAUCGUUACGCACGAGCGCGCUCGCCCCCAGGGUUCUGGGAUGCUGACUUCCCCAGUACGCAAGACCUCGAAUCAGACCGGGCUGAAGCGGCAAAGCGAGAGAGACAGGCUAUUGCCGAAAGAUACCGCGAAGCCAUGAGGCCUGGGGGUCGAUGGAUCUUCAGAGAUGAAUAGACCGAAGAAGAUGUAUAUAGUUGAAGUUGAUUGUACAUAGCGACUGUUGCAGCUGGAGCGGAAGCACCUCUUGGCGUUACUUGGGUAGAUUUUUACUCUUGCUUUUAGAAAUGAUGCAUUACGCAUGGCGUUCGGAACAUGUAAUGAGUCAAGUUGGACCAUCAAGCAUUUACUAUUUUAGGCAACCAAGCCAGAUUACACCCGUU